AUGGCAAAACGUAACCCGGAGCGUCUCGACGCCUGGGUUCUAGGCAGCGGGAUCACAUCUCUCACGGCCGCAGUGCACCUCGUCCAGGAAGCCCAUGUGCCACCCUCCCAUAUACACAUCAUCGAGUCUCUCAGUGUCGCAGGCGGCCAGACCACAAGUCAUGGCGACGCAGAGAAUGGCUAUGACUUUCGCGCCGGCGUACGGCCCCAAUAUAACGACAUGUGCAUGGAUGCCUUGCUGUCGUUAGUCCCCUCGACGUCUGAUCCCAGCCGCUCGGUGCGCGACGAGAUCCUCGAGUUUGCGACGUCACUAGAAGUCCAACCGCCGCGCGCAAGGUUUCUGGCUCGCAAGACACACGGGGUCGGUCGCGUUGAUGCGAAGAAGAUGGCGCUGGGCUUGCGCGACCGCAUUGAUCUGUUCACGCUGGCAUCCAAGUCGGAGAAGACGCUGGGGAGGGGUCGCAUUUGCGACUUCUUUACUGAGGGAUUCUUUCGAAGCGGGUAUUGGCUGUCGCUUGCUACAAGCUUCGGCCUCAAACCUUCACACUCCGCUGCUGAAUUCCGCCGGUAUCUGCAUCGCUUCAGCAACCUGCACGACCUUCUGGACCCCCACCCUCUCGAUCUAGGUAAAUACAACGUGCAUGAGUCUACCAUAGUCCCCAUUGUCCAGUUUCUCCUAUCCAAGGGCGUGGACUUCCGCUUCAACACCACCAUCUGCGGCAUGUCCUUCGCACAAGAUAACCCUAACAAGCCCAACGACCCAACACGAGUCACCUCAAUCCAAACCUCUCCAGUGCGCGAGCCAUGCUGCUCCAUCUCCUCAAGGGACGAAACGAUAAUACAAGUCAGCGCAGACGACAUCGUCAUCGUCUCGCUAGGCUCCAUCUCCUCAUCCCUCCUACCAGGAACCAACACCCACCCCCCUCCGUCCCUCCACCUCGACCCAACAACAAUCACAGACCCCGAAACCUCCACCGAGAUAGACACAGAGCUCGACGAAAACUGGCUCCUCUGGCUUGAGCUCAGCACCAAACAUCCCAAAUUCGGCAACGCCUACAACUUCUGCACAAGACUGCACUCCUCCCGCCUCGAAACCUUCACCAUCACCCUCUCCUCCACCGAACUUUUCUCCCGCCUCACAGAAACAACAGCCCAAACCCCAGGCCCUAACUCCCUGUUCACCCUCCGCGACUCCCCCUGGCUACUCACCCUACGCAUCCCCCACCAGCCCGUCUUCCCAGACCAGCCACCCCACAUCCAAGUCUGCUGGGGCUACGCCCUCGCCCCCGAGCGCAGCGGGACACACAUCACAAAGCCAAUGAUCGAUUGCACGGGCCAGGAAAUCCUUUCCGAGAUCCUCUCGCAUCUGGAAUACCCGCUUGAGUCGAUUCUCGAGAAGGCGGUUACGAUCCCCUGCAUUCAGCCGCGCGGGGCGGCGACCCUGCUCCCUAGGGAUCCCACGGAUCGGCCGGCUGUUAUACCGGAGGGGAUGCGGAAUAUGGCUGUGAUAGGCCCGUUUGUGGAGAUUGCGGAUGAGGUGGCUGUUACGACAGAUUAUAGUGUGAGGGGUGCGCAGAUUGCGGUGAGGGAGUUGAUGGGGGUUGGUACUGUUGUUGCGAAAAGUAAGAAAGGGUCUGCGAUUGGAUUGUUAGGUCUUUGA